GAGUUCUUUGCGAAGAUGUCUGUUAGGAUGAGCUUGCAGUUACUGGCUGGGCUGCUCCUGGCGGUGGGGCUGGGGGUGGAGGGGAAGACGGUCAGGACUGAGUGCCCUCCCUGUGUCCUGUCCAAGUGCCCGGCUCUGCUCCCCGGAGACUGUCCAUUCGGGGAGCUGAGUGAUUCGUGCGGUUGCUGCACCGUGUGUGCGGCCGGCCAGGGAGCGCCUUGUGGGGGCCGCGAGUCCAGGUACGGCCGCUGUGCCCCGGGCUUUGAGUGCGUCCGCUCGGGGAACAAGCGCAGGGGCCGGGGGCGCUGCCGCUGUAAGGCUCCCGAGCAGGUCUGCGGCAGCGACGGGGUCACCUACAGCGAUGGCUGUGUACUGAGAGCUGCAGCGAAACGGGCGGAGAGGGACGGAGGGCAACCCAUCACCAGGAUUGGGAAAGGAGCCUGUGAGAAAGCUCCGGUCAUUGUGACACAGCCCAAGGAGAUCUGGAAUGUCAGUGGGUCGCAAGUUUACCUUUCGUGUGAAGUUAUUGGAGUACCUACACCUGUACUCACCUGGAACAAGGUAAUGAAAACAGCAACUGGUGUGGAAAAGAUGGAGCUGCUGCCUGGUGACCGUGACAACCUUGCUAUCCAGACUCGUGGUGGGCCAGAGAAGCAUGAGGUGACAGGAUGGGUGUUGAUCUCUCCUCUCACUGAAGAUGAUGCUGGAGAAUAUGAGUGCCAUGCAGCAAAUACCAGAGGAGAAGCUGCGGCUGCUGGAAGCAUACAUGUGGUUGAGGAACUAAAGAUGAAAAAGAAAGCAUGAAAACAAAAAUCAGUAAAAGGAACCAAAAGCCAAACACUGGCUCUGCAUGGAGUUCAUCUACUAACAGGGAAUUCUAGGGAUAAGUGCCACUCUGUAUAUUGCUUUUUGUCCCCAAUGCAUAGUAAAUUGACUUUCCAAGGGAUCAUUUCUUAAGCAUUUGGUUACUUAUGGUUAAUUAUGCUUGUUGAUGUACCUUUCAUUUCACUGUACUUGUAAUGGGAUUUUUUUUAUAUUGGGGAAAGGAAUACAAACAUUCUGUAUUAUCAGGCGAUAAAUUGUAUAUAAAAGUUAAAACAAAA